CCUGCUCGUCCCCCCGUGCAGCAGCGGCCUGUUUUCCUCCCCCUGUUGUGUGUUUGUAUUAUUUUCCCUCUGGCUUAGAUGUGUCAAUCAUUCUCUCCCUGCCAUUGGUUGGAGAGUUUGCGUCAAAAAAGUUGCCAGAGAGGCGCUUUCUCAGCAAAUCUCCUUGAGAGCAGAGCCGGCCUCAGCUCCAACUCAGCCUCCACUGUUAUUAAAAAUAAAAAUCGCCAGAGCGGCCCUCACCGCGUCUGCUUUUGCUGGCUGGCCACUUGGAAUUUUGAAGGAUAAUUUGAUUUUUUUUUUCUAACCUCCCAUGCGGCUGUAAGUUCCACCACUCCAAACCCACCCACCAAGGACCCUGAAUCUGUCCGCCCCCGGCGAAGCAGGACCUUCCGGCUGGGUCCCCCCGAUUUGGGCUGACUUUGCGCCUCCUAACAACCUUAGCAUGAUGUCUUAUCUUAAGCAACCGCCUUACCCAGUCAAUGGACUGAGUCUGACCACUUCGGGCAUGGACUUGCUGCACCCCUCGGUGGGCUACCCGGCCACCCCCCGGAAACAGCGCCGGGAGAGGACGACGUUCACCCGGGCGCAGCUAGACGUGCUGGAAGCGCUGUUUGCUAAGACCCGGUACCCAGACAUCUUCAUGCGGGAGGAGGUGGCACUGAAAAUCAACUUGCCUGAGUCCCGGGUGCAGGUAUGGUUUAAGAAUCGAAGAGCUAAGUGCCGCCAACAGCAGCAGCAACAACAGAAUGGAGGUCAAAACAAAGUGAGGCCUGCCAAAAAGAAGACAUCUCCAGCCCGGGAAGUGAGUUCAGAGAGUGGAACGAGUGGCCAAUUCACUCCCCCUUCUAGCACCUCAGUCCCGGCCAUUUCCAGCAGCAGUGCUCCUGUGUCUAUCUGGAGCCCAGCCUCCAUCUCCCCACUGUCAGAUCCCUUGUCCACCUCCUCCUCCUGCAUGCAGAGGUCCUAUCCCAUGACCUAUACUCAGGCUUCAGGUUAUAGUCAAGGAUAUGCUGGCUCAACGUCCUACUUCGGGGGCAUGGACUGUGGAUCUUAUUUGACCCCUAUGCAUCACCAGCUUCCGGGACCAGGGGCCACACUCAGCCCUAUGGGUACCAAUGCAGUUACCAGCCAUCUCAAUCAGUCCCCAGCUUCUCUCUCCAAC